AUGGCGCGGUGGUUGUCAUUCUUUGCGGAAUACAACUUUACGGUCGAGUACAAACCAGGACGACUCAAUGUCGUCGCUGAUGCACUCUCACGUCGUCCCGACUUUGAAACAGUCGCGAAACCCAACAGUGAGACAGUCACUGUUGCGGUUAUGACGUCCUCAGUCCCAUCUACAACGUUGUAUGAUGAUGUGAGGCGGGCAUACGGCCAAGAUGCCGUUUCUGGUGACACACCACGUGUUGUCAUUCCAGAUGAUACUGAUCUGCGUUUGCGGAUCAUGUUCGAGUAUCACGAUGCUCCUAUAGGAGGACAUCGUGGCCGGGAGAAAACAUAUCUCACGGUGAGUCGAGACUUUUACUGGCCCCGCCAGUAUCAGUUUGUGCGAAAGUAUGUUCGCGCAUGCGAAGUCUGUCAACGAGUGAAGUCAAGUCCUUCACUGCGUGCACCUUUACAGCCUCUACCGGUUCCGGCUGAGUGCUGGGAAUCCAUCUCGAUGGAUUUCGUCUUCGGGUUACCCAAAGAUGCACGCGGGAAUACGGGUAUUCUCGUAUUUGUUGACAGAUUCAGCAAAAUGGUACACCUUGUGGCUGUACCAGAGACAAUCACGGCAAGUGGCUGUGCUUGUGUCUUUAUUGACACCAUCUUCCGACUUCAUGGGUUGCCCCGUGAACUCGUAUCAGACAGAGAUCCACGAUUCACUGCUGAUUUCUGGCGUUCCGUGUUCAAAUCACUCGGAACGCGCUUGAAGAUGUCAACAUCUGAUCAUCCAGAGUCAGAUGGUCAGACGGAACGUGCCGAUCGUGUCCUUGAAGAGAUACUUCGAGGAUACGUACACUCCUUUAAGAGUUGGAGUGAGUUUUUGCCAAUGGUAGAGUUUGCCAUCAACAACUCGGUGCAUGCGUCCACGACACAUACACCGUUUUACGUGAAUGGCUUGCGCCAUCCGCGUGUACCCACCUUACUAGAGUGUAACUCUGGUUUAAGGGGGGAGGGACUCGCGCGAGCAAAAACCGAUUUGGUUCACGCUCAUCACGCUCUGACGAAAGAGGUCAUUGCGUUUGAGGCCGAUAUCGAUAACAUCGAUAUCGAAGAAGAUGAUGCCAGUGAGAGUGCGGAAGCCCUCACUGAAGACAAUGAUCCCAGUGAGAGUGCGGAAGCCCUCACUGAAGAAAAGGUUGAUGUUGCUGCAGUGCGCUCACAGCGCACUGAAGCUAACGAGUCAUCAGAUGAGUUCAUACUGGCUCGUGAAACGGUAGUCCGUUUUGUGCAAGACUCCAUCGCCGAAGCGGUGGAUAAGCAAAAGCAAAACGCUGACAAGAAUGGAAGGGCAAGCACUCUUUUAUUUAAUAAAGGUGACUUAGUCCUACUGUCUACGGUUAAUCUACCAAAGCAUGUAGUGACUAACUUGGGUAGCAGUAAACUACUACCCAAGUACAUCGGCCCAUUUCGUGUAUUGCACCGCCUAGGCAAUGCAUACACGAUCGAGUUACCACGUAAGAUGCGAACGCAUCCCACGUUUUACGUUGGUCGGCUUAAGCCGUACCAUCAGUACGCUGCUUCUUCCGAUGAAGAACGCCCUUGCGCUCAAGCAUCUCGCAGAGAGCCUUGUGCUCCCGAUGGUGGGCAUCAACAAGGGUCUGAAGAGCAGCUAUCUCAUCCCGAGACCGAUCAACAAUCCCACGAGCUACCCUUAGCUCGUCACGAAGAGAUGUCAGAGAUCUCUCGCUCUCAAGCUGAGCAAAGGCAAACUCAGCUCGAUGCUUCGAGGCAGUGUCCGCCAUUUGGAGACGCCUAUUCCGCUCAUGUUCGAGAUCGUCGCGUAACCCUUGCGUUACGCGAUCAAAGAAGCUCUCGGGAAAACGCUCACGACAACCUAGGAAUUCAACCAGUAUAUCAUCCGUCAAGUCUGAAGGCAAGUCCGUUCGAAGUUUUGUUCAAGCGCAAGCCACAGAUCGAUUCUAUGCGGGUGUUUGGUAGUCUAUGCUACGCGCACGUGGCCAAGGCAAAGAGAGCCAAGUUAGACGACUCAGGUGUGCGCUGUUUGCUACUCGGCUACUCUAAACAGCACAAGACCUAUCGACUUCCAAAUGCAAGCACAGGGGAUGUGGUGAUAUCUCGCAGCGCGACUUCCGCCGAGCAUGCGAUAGUAAAAGCAAGCAGAAAUAUCACACCCGAUGUGAUCAACUUUAGAAGAAGUUACUUGUGGUUGAAGCAGUAA